AUGAAGUGGAAUUAUUUCACGGCUGCUUUUUUAGUCCUUUUUGCGGUUGCUGCCGCUGAAGGAGAAAUAUGGGAAGAAGAUGAUCACGAAGUUUUGAUAAGAAGCGAAAGAGGUGCCAAAAGUAGAGGCGGAGAGCCUUGUAGGUAUAUAAAGGGACCAUGGACGGAUUGCGAUCCGAAAACGACAUUGAGAACGAGAACGUUGACGUUAAAAAAAGGUGAUUCGACACAAUGCGAACCGACAAAGACAAUCCAAAAAAAAUGCAAAAAAGCCUGCCGUUAUGAAAAAGGAAAUUGGUCCGAAUGCAACGGUCAAAGUCAAAUCGUAAGAAUAGAUAAAUUGAAACCAAAUAGCGACACGUCGUGCGAACAAAGUCGGGAAAUAACGAGAAAAUGCAAAACCAAAACCGGAAAAGGAAAAAAUUCAAAAUCAAAUUACCAAAGUAAUUCAAACAACAGGAAAACAGGAGGUGGAGGACGCCGCAACAAACAAUAA